UUUUUAAAAUUAAAGUGUUAUUGUAAUAUGAAUUGUGGAUAUUGUGAAUUUGUGUUAAAGUAUUCCUAAUAAAAGUUUGUUAGUUUUAGUAUGAAAAAUUGCGUUUUAAUCAAAUCUUACGAAAAUUUUCCAUUGUUGUACCAGUUAUUAUGAAAGAUUUGGAAGAGAAAACUCAUUGAAAAUGACGUCAAAAGGUAUUAGACGAAAAAAAUCAUCAUUAGCUGAAGUUAAAGUGGCUGUGAUUGGAGCACCUAGUGUUGGCAAAAGUGCAUUAACCGUGCGAUUCUUAACGAAGAGAUAUAUUGGAGAAUAUGAUCAUCAGUCAGAGAACCGAUAUAAAAGCGAAGUGUUAGUUGAUGGUGAACCAAUCUUAUUUGAGGUGUUGGAUACGUGCCCAAAGAAUGACAACGAAUUACCUUCAUCAGAUACAAUUAAUUGGGCUGAUGGAUUGUUGUUGGUAUAUUCCAUUACAGAUAGACAAUCAUUCAAUUAUAUUAGACGUGUAGAAGCUUUAAUGUCAGAAAUGAAACAUGUACCACCAUUUGGAAUUGUUGCAAAUAAAUCUGAUAUGGUACAUCUACGACAAGUGAGCCGUGAAGAAGGUGAAAUUUUGGCACGUGACUGUGAAUGCCCGUUUGAUGAAGUGGCGGCUGCUGAACAAGUAACACCCGUUGCAGCUGCAUUUCAUGAAGUUUGUCGUUUAGUUUUACAAACACGUCGAAAAUCCAAACAAUCAUUACUAGACCGUAUGUUAGGUACCAAUAGAGGUCCAGUUGGGCGUGUUUAUGCACGAGGAAAAAGUGAUAGUGCUUUACCAAAGGAUUAGUACAUUUUUCUACAAUACAUAAAAAUAUACACUUUAAUUUAUGGAUUUAUAAUUUUACU